CACGUCAGUAAGGAAAACUAACAAGGAAGUAGCUAACUAGUUAGCACGAGGACCAUGAGCGCCUGACAGCCAGGUGUUUCGACAGAAGGCAGGAUGGGCCGGCAGAGGAAGAGGGUGCUGACGGGCGAUGCUGCUCCACCUCCGAGGAAAGAUGAGAAGCCUCCCUCGUUUCACCGCAAGGACAAGAAAAAGAAAAUGGACAUCGGAAAGGUCUUCAUCAACAUCUCCAUCGGCCUCUGCGUGUUCAGCCUCAUCUGGUUCUUUUACGCCGUCUACAUGCGGUCCAGUCUGGCCAAGCGGGUGGUGGCUCCACACCCAUCCCCUCGGGUCCUGGACGCCAACAGCAGCAGCGCCGAGGUUUCCCCGGACAGGUUCUGGGGCUCGUACCGGCCUCAGGUCUACUUUGGCAUGAAAACAAGAAGUCCCCGGUCGGUUGUGACAGGUAUGAUGUGGAUGCGUCAGUUUGCAGACGUGGACAUGAGUCUGAGGCACACCUGCGAGCAGGGCGAUCAUUUGCAAAGCUAUGGCUGGCUCAUGCAUGACGGACUCACCUUCGGCGUCCAGGAAAUACGAGACAACGACUUCACGCUGACCACGGAGUUUGUUAAAAGGCUCGGAGGGGUUCAUGGAGGAGACUGGACCUGGAGGAUCACAGCCAAGCAACAUAGCUCUGCUCCCCGGCCGCCCGUCAUUUCUCUGAUGUUCUACGCAGCAGCAGACAUGCAGGGCUCGCUGCAGGCUCACGUAGAGGAGAGGAGUCGCCUCGCCUCCAUCACUGGGUUUUCAGAAGAACUGGGAAACUUCAAGAUGAGCUUCAGGAAGCCUGUGACCGGGGAGUCCAGCACAAAGUACGCCAGUUACAACUACCUCCAGGCUGUGUCUCCAGGCCUGGAGAAGCUCACCGACAUCGUGAAGCUCAGUCUGAACAGCAAGUUUGUCUUCAGCCCCCCCUCCAGUGACAAGAGGCAUUACGUAGGUCUCGACACCUACAGGCCUCCCCACCACCAAAACCAGCAGAAACCCGCCGACCCAAGGAAAGAAAGCGACUUUGUGGUUCACCAGGUGACGGUGCAGCUGCCGUUCCAGGUGGAAGUUUUGUUUGAGUCGGGAAGCUUCUACAACCGGCCCGACCAGCUGGUGGGCUCCGUGAUGACGGAGGAGCUGGAGAGGAGGAAAGCUGAGUUCAACGCAAAGUUUGAGAAGAUCUUUGGGCUUGAGAGCAAAGGUUUUAACCAGGGACAAAUUAAAUUUGCCAAAGCGGCCCUCAGCAACAUGCUGGGUGGACUGGGUUACUUCUAUGGCCAGUCAGUGGUGCAGUCAGUCUACAAUGAAUACCCGCUGCUGUACCCUGAAGGGGCUUUGUUCACCGCCGUCCCGUCACGCUCAUUCUUCCCCAGGGGUUUCCUCUGGGAUGAGGGCUUUCACCAACUCCUGCUGAGUAAGUGGGAUCCCCAGGUGACAAGGGAGGUGGUCGCCCACUGGAUCGACUUAAUGAAUGUGGAGGGCUGGAUCCCUCGGGAGCAGAUCCUGGGAGACGAGGCUCUCAGUAAAGUCCCAGCUGAGUUCGUUGUUCAGAGGAACGAGAACGCGAACCCUCCGACUCUCUUCCUGGCUCUUCAGGAACUUGUUGAACAGCUCUCCUCUAAUCCAGACGAGGCAGCAACCAAGCAGACCCUGCCGUUCCUUCGAAGGCUUUUCCCCAGGCUAAAAACCUGGUUCGAAUGGUACAACACCACGCAGAGCGGGCCCCUCCCCAACUCCUACCGGUGGCGUGGGCGGGACAAGGACACCAACCUGUUCCUCAAUCCCAAAACCCUAACCUCAGGACUGGAUGACUACCCACGGGCCUCACACCCCUCAGCAGACGAGCGGCACGUGGAUUUGCACUGCUGGAUGGCCUUGUCCUCGGCCAUCAUGGCUAGCAUAGCUAAACUUCUAGGUGAGCCGUAUGAGGACUACAAACACCUACACACCGUGCUGAGUGACAACAAGCUGCUGAACGAGCUGCACUGGUCAGAACAACACGCUGCUUUCAGUGACUAUGGCAACCACACAAAAGCUGUGUCCCUGCAGAGGGAGAAGGUGUAUGUACCUCCAGGACAACCGCGGCACCAGUUCCCUGUGGCACGCCUCGUGCGCUCGGUCCGCAGGGCUCCUAAGCUGCAGUACGUUAACGCUUUGGGCUACGUUAGCUUGUUCCCCUUCUUACUGCAAAUCCUCGAAGCGGAUUCACCCAAACUGGAGCACAUCUUUAACGCUAUUAAAGACUCCAGCAAGCUGUGGACUCCCUACGGCCUGCGCUCGCUCUCCAAGACCGAUUCUCUCUACAUGCAGCGAAAUACAGAGCACGACCCCCCCUACUGGAGGGGGCCGAUAUGGAUUAACAUCAAUUACUUGGCGGUCAGAGCCCUCCACCACUACAGCACCACAGAAGGGCCAUACCAAGGGAAGGCAGCUACUCUUUAUCAGGACCUCAGGACUAAUAUCAUCAAUAAUGUUUAUAACCAGUAUGUUGAAACGGGCUACGUCUGGGAGCAGUACAAUGACAGCACUGGCAGGGGUCAAGGCUGCCACCCAUUCACUGGCUGGUCUGCGCUCACAGCCUUAAUGAUGGCUGAGCAUUACUGA